UCUUGGCUCGAUAGGUGAGAGAGAGUGAGAAAGAGAGAGAGAACUAAGAUAUCUCGAUCUUGGGAAUAUAAUUAUUACUUUUGCACCUCCAAUAUGGGCGAAGAAUUUGUAUGGGCCUGCAAGAAUGGAGAUCUUGAUCAAGUGAGAGCUAUCGCGGAGAAACCGGGUUUCUAUGUAAAUGCAGAGAUUCUGAAUGGAAGAAAUGGGGUUCAUUUUGCUGCAGAUUAUGGGCAUAGUAACAUCAUUGAGUAUCUUCUUUCGAAAGGAGCAGACAUCAAUCGUCCAGACAAAUAUAACAUCACUCCUUUGUUAGCAAGUAUAUUUGAAGGCAAAACAGACUGUGUCAAGUUGCUACUUGAAAAGGGUGCGGAUAAGACUUUGAAGGCUCCAGAUGGUAGCUCUUAUAUUGAAUGUGCAGAGACAGAUGAGAUUAAAAGUCUUCUCAAAUAGGUUGCCCACGAAAAAGCAUAGAAGGCUGCCAGAAGAAUCAUUAGUUAUGACAGUAAUUUCCUUCGAGGAAGCCAGAAGAAGGAGCCUAACAGUUUCCAUUGGUCAUUGAUAACCAAAUGAAGCAUUUUUGUACAAAGAUAAAACUAAACGCAGCCAAAAACCUAAUUGAUAGUUUUUAGAAUUUGACUUCCAAGUGUUUUAUUAUUACUGAGUUAUUAAAAUGGAAUUGUUUGGAUUAUAUUAAAGGCUAUAGGUGAUCUGUAA